ACAGGUCUCGCUAUCAGACAGGUGCCUCGCUCCCAGGACCUAUUCAAACCUUUAACACUAACUUUCAUUUUAUUGUUCCUUAGAUAAUGCAGUAAGUCUUACAUCAGGACUUCUACCAUUCAGUUUCUUCAAUUCUCCGCACUGCUCUCAAGGGACCAUGUACAUUCUGUUGUGGGCGUGGCUACUCUGGAAGGGGGCGUGGUGUGCGAGCCCAGAGCCGGGCGUGGCUAGCAGCGGCUACGUAGGCAUUGGUUACAACCUGUUGACAGCCAACCCCGAGGGCGGCGAGCAGUCACAGGGUGGAGCUGACCCCGGUCUUCUGUUGACACGACAGGUGUUGGAUGUGUCCGACCCUCGGCCGUACAGCAGCAGCACCGCCACAACUGCGUCAUCCAGCGCAGUCUCCAUGUUCUACGGGGCCAGGACGUACCAGCAAAAACUGCAGGCAGACGUGAACGUGGGAGGGGUAAAACAAUAUCGGUGGGGUCUGGACAUUGGAAAGAAGAUAUUUGUCUCUGAGUUCCCCAUAUUGUCCCAGGGUAGUGACUUCACCUACUCCAUCACUCCAGGCCCAAAUGAUGCUGCAGGACUGGCAAACUUCGCCUUUACCCUCAGCCCUCGUUUUGCCGACACCCAGAACGAGACGGCCUUGACCCGCCGCGUCUUCCGGGAUGAGCAGACGGUCUGUAACCUGGGAAACGCGCGCUUUGCGGAGGAGCUGGCUGAGUGGCUGAACAUCAGCAUCACCGACAACUUUGCCGCCGCUGCCUGUCGGCUACCGGAAGUCUACAGCAGAGACAUCUACAUGGACUUCUUAGAUGACUGGGGCACCCACAUGACAAUGGAGGUGGACCUCGGUACACGAGUGAUACAGCGCUCGGAGACAUCGAUGUUGGAGUUCGUGCACCUCGUAGAAAGAACGUCCGGCGAAGACCUGAGGGUGGGCGGUUCGUAUCUGGGCUUCGGCGCUUCCCUGGAGGUGAAUUUCCCGAGCUUCACGGCUCGGGACGUCGCCGAUCUGACGUUCGGGAACUACGUCGCCACUCUCCGUUUGGGGUCACAGGCCAAGCCAGAACCAAUCAGCAUCAAGAUAGCUAGUAUAGACCAUGCUCUCGAUCCCAGAUACUGGUGGCGACUGCCGGAAAUGACCGCACACGGCCUUUGUAACGCGACCUUCGACCCUAACGUCACUGCCACGAACUUGCGUCGGGCGCUGUCCGACUACGCCGCCUACAAGAUGGCGCUAGAAGUCACAGAUCCACCCCUAAGGAUCCCUCUGUCCUGGCCCCGAGGUACCUAUGGCCUGAUGAAGGCAGUGAGCGGAUGUCCCACCACGGAGGAGUCACGUGGCUUGAGGGCUGGCGUUACGAGGACACAGAGGAUCCUUUCACACAGAACGAAAUUUCUUCGCCCAUUCCUUGCAGGAAUCUGGGUAACGGACGGCAACCUGCGCCUGGAGUUCUGCAUCAAAGGCACCGACCAGGUGAGCGAAUGGGACGUGGACUGGCCUGCAGGUGACUACUGCAUCCUCAAGUACAAGACCUGUCCGGCAGGCUUUAAGGACGGCUUUAUCCAGUUUAACGAUCAGGACAUUUCAAACAACAAGGCGGGAGGUACCUUGCCUGAUGGCGUGUACGACGGCAACACCAAGAUCUUCUUCUGCUGCAGGAACGACGCCUCACCCACCGUCACCCAGCCCUUGUAUCUUCCACCCUCCAUCCCUUUCUUCUUGGUGCGAUACUCGGGUGGGUGUCCGUUCGUGCACAACAUGGCGGUGCGCGAGGAGACAGUGUGGUGGGACGAGGCCAUCAACACCGUCUUCAGCCCCUCCCCGCGCCAGGGGGGCGCUCACCCCUUCGACGACGGCGACAGCAGCAACCAUCGCCUGCACUUCUGCUACUACUCCCCCAACGGAUCGAACCCCGACACGCCUGUGGGUUAAAGGCCUACAAGGCAGGACUUUUUUCUCUCCAAUCAUAGGUACUGCUCAGUGCAUGAAGCUAUUCCCCAGCAUCCGGGUAACUGUCCCAUUUUCCCUUCUCCUCUUGUCGGUCUGCAAACAUCA